AUGAAAUCUACUACAAUUAUUGCUACACUGUUCCUGCCUGUCGUUGGCCUUGUUCAGCAAGCCUUUGCCCAGAAUAGCAGUUCGAGAGUCCACGUUCAGGCUGGCCAAUCGAUCCAGAAAGCGAUUGACGCUGCUGAACCUGGCAGUCAUAUCGUCGUCGAGGCAGGCACAUAUACCGAACAGCUGACCAUCACCAAUGAUGGCACUCUCCUCAUCGGCCUGGGCGCAAUCCUCGUUCCCCCAAGCAACAUGACCAACAACACCUGCUCAGGCCUCGCUGGGCCAGACACGGAAGCGGGGAUUUGCAUUACUGGCGCUGACAUAGAACUCGCUGAUUUCGUGGUGGAGCAUCGCAAGGUCAUGUCGGUUGGAACUCCUGUCAAGGAUGUCCUGGUGACCGGCUUUGAAGUGCACAACUUCACGGGUCAGAAUAUUGCCGUUGUUGGGGGCGACGGAGUGCUGAUCACAGGAAACACCCUUCACAAUGGUGACUCAUACGGCGCCUUGACAGUCGGAUCCAACAAUACCAUAAUUGAUGGGAACACUGUUGAAUCAGCCGACGUCCUUAGAUUCAUCGGUAUUUGCAUGGACGACAAGGGUGACACCUGGGUGUCGGACAACCAAAUCAGUGGCUAUUAUAUUGGACUAUGUUGCCAGACAGCAAAUGCCAGAGUAUUUGGGAAUAACGUCACCAAUAGCUGUGUCGGCGCCUUCGUUGAUCCUGGGGUCAAAGGGGUUCACUUAUUCAAUAACUCCGUUGCCCAACCAAACCCCAACUGCACCGCGGAAGCUGGAACAGCAGGAAUCGUUGUUGGCGGUGGCAUCAAUUCAACAAUUGAAUUCAAUGAGGUUGAGGGUAUGAAAACAGUCAACAAAACCGGCGCAGGCAUUGCAAUUAUCGAUUUUCCGAGCGGCGACACUGUUGCCAUCCCCACCGACAAUCGUGUUAUUCACAACUUUGCGCAUGACAAUGACUACGACUUGGCCCUCGUCUCCAACGGGACAGGAAACGUUUUCCAAGACAAUGACUGUGAUACACCUGCAGAGCUCUGCAGCCCGAGUUAG